AUGCCCCCAUCCCAACCCCUGGCGCAGCCCACCUCACGCCGCCUUCUCAUCUUCCAGGAGACGCGCAACCCGCAAAACACAGCCGAGACGGUCUACCUGCCCGUCAACAAGCUGGGCUUGCCUAUCUGCGGGGAUGGGCCCGAGUUGCCGUCGAUUUUGGAAUUGCCGUUGCGAAUCUUGAGGGUUUUCACGGAUAUUUUUAAUCAGCCGAAGUAUAAGGGAUGGGCUGUUCUUUCUGCGGGGCCUUAUCACGAUACUUCUGAAGAGGGGAAGUUUUACGCUGUUGUCUUGGAGCAGAUGCAGCAGGUUUCGAUCCGAACGAUCUAUGCAAGCACUAAAGAGCAGGAGCGGGAAUUUUUCGAUGUCAGCGAUUUGAUAUACGCAGAUGAGCCGGACGAAAUUGAGUGGCAGGCAGUUUUGAAGGCUUCUGGAGCAGAUACACACAUUCAAACAAUGUCCAAUAUCUCGAUUGUCGAGCGGCUAACGCCGUUGGACCUGAUCAUGCCAAAGGUCUAUAUAGCGGCGAUUUUGACAUGCCGAACUACUGAAUCAACUACAUCACUCCGAAACACCCUCCAACAAGGCCUGGUAAAGCUGGCAACUCAGAUUCCAUGGAUAUCAGGCCGAGUAUUUCCAACUACCCUAGAAAACAACAAGACAUCUCUCGAAAUGCGUUGGAACGCAAACAUCACACCCACUUUAAUCGACAAAGGCAUCAUAGACAAGCCAUACAUGGAUCUCUCAGCCAACGUUCCCUAG